AUGGAGUGCCUUAACAAGCUGAAAGUACAAAACAUUAAUACAAGUUCAUGGGAUACACUUAUUAUACACAUCAUUAUUGAGAAGUUAGACACCGAAACACAUAAAGAGUGGGAGGAAGAAGCAAGUAACCUGAACCUUACAGAGUUACCUACAAUGAUCAUGUUCAACAAGUUUUUAGAAAAGAGAUUCCGAGUUUUAGAGAUGAUGCAACCUAGCCAAACAACGAACAUGAACAUGCAGAAGAAAGAGCUCAAAGAAGAAACAAAACAAGAGAUAGAAAGCAAAGAUUUCAAGCGAGAGAGAGAAACUAAACAAGAACCCAAGCAUGACAUGACAAAUAAGAGAGAGAUAGUUGCCCACCUAACAACAGGAAGCAUGACAGGAUUGUUAUCUACAGCACAAAUUAACGUGACGAACCAUCAAGGAAGAGAAUUCAUAUUAAGAGCUUUGUUGGACCCAUGUUCUCAAGAGUCUUUCCUGAACGAGUCUGCAGCCCAAACUAUGGGGCUUAAGAGAAAACGCGUAAACGGAAACGUAUCAGGUCUUGAUCAGAUGAGCACACCCAUUCGAUUUGCUGCAGAUAUCCAGAUUUCAUCACGUCAUAAUCCUGAAAAGAAAAUGAGUAUAACAUCCUACAUAGUAAAGCGGGUCACAAACAUCAUGCCUUCAGAGAAACUAACCAUCGACAACUGGGUUCACCUAAGAGACUUACAACUAGCUGAUCCGACUUACCACCAACCAAGUUCUAUAGAUAUUCUAUUGGGAGUAGAAGUUUACAACGAGAUGAUACAGCCUGGUCUCAUCAAAGGCGUUCCAGGCUCUCCCAUAGCUUUACAAACACAUUUGGGAUGGAUAAUAUCGGGAAAAGUCAGAGUCGGAACAGAACAAGAGCGAGAAGAGAAACCAUUCAUUAGUAUGCAUUUAAAUGUAGAGUUGAACCAUAUGCUAAAGAGAUUCUGGGAGCUAGAGACAAUAGAUGAAGAGAAACACAAGCUAACAGCAGAAGAGAUCAAAGUAGAAGAAAUAUACGAGAAAACUACCACUAGAGACGACGACGGACGUUACAUAGUAGAUCUGCCAAUGAGACAUGACCCACCAGUUCUACCAUCUAACAGCCGAGAGAUUGCACUAAAACGCUGGAAGUCUACAGAGAACAGACUUAAGAGUAAACCACACCUAUUAGAAGAAUACAACAAAGUUCUCGAAGAGUACAUGACGCUAAACCACAUGAAGAAAAUAGAAAACAUAGAUGAAGAAAAUGGCGUGUGGCUACCUCAAUUUGCUGUAAUUAAAAUGGAGCGAGAAACUAGCAAAUUAAGGAUAGUUUAUGAUGCUUCAUGCAAGGGAAGCAACGGGAUAUCCCUAAAUGACGAGUUGCUAAUCGGACCCCCUUUGCUAGAAGAUUUAAGAGCCAUUCUCAUUAGAUGGAGAACAUACAAGAUAGCCUUUGUCGCCGACGUAGAGAAGAUGUAUAGACAGAUACGAGUAAAAGAUCAACACACGAAUUACCAGAGAAUUGUAUGGAGACCAGAUCCAAAGGGACCCAUUGAAGACUUCAAACUCUUAACUGUUACAUUUGGAACAUCCUGUGCGCCUUAUCUCGCAAUAAAAACUUUGAGGCAAACAGCAAAAGAUGAAGGAGCUGACUAUCCAAAAGCUCAGAAAAUGAUAUUAAGAGAUUUCUAUAUGGAUGAUUUGCUCUCCGGUACAGACGAAGAAAAAGAGGCUAUAGAAAUUCAAAAACAAGUUACUCAAAUUUUAAGUUCCGGAGGAUUCCCACUAAAGAAAUGGUGUUCGAAUAGCGAAGAGUUUAUGACAGCAUUAGACAAACAAGAAAAGAGAGAAGAAACACAGACAGUCGAAAUAAAACGCAAAGAGAGCGUAAAAACAUUAGGUAUAACAUGGGAAGUUAAGAAAGACAAGUUACUCAUACCUAAUCAUAUCAAAGAUGUAGAAGACACACCUAUGACUAAAAGAAGCGUUUUAUCUGAGAUAGCGUCAAUAUUCGAUCCAAUGGGAUGGAUCGCUCCAAGCGUCAUACUAGCAAAAAUAUUUAUGCAAGUUUUGUGGAAGAAAGGCAUUUCGUGGGAUGAAGAACUUCCGGCAGAACUACAAAAAGAGUGGCUGCAGUAUAAGAGAGAACUACCAGCCUUGAAAGAAGUCAGCUUAGAUCGAUGGAUGCACACUACGAGUAAAUCAACUCUUGAACUGCAUGGAUAUGCAGACGCUUCAGCAUUAGCUUAUGCAGCAGUCAUUUACUCGAGAGUUAUAAACGAAGAAGGAGAAAUCAGAGUAUCCCUCGUGACAGCAAAAACGAAAGUCUCGCCGAUUCGGAAAGUUUCCUUGCCGCGAUUGGAGCUACUGGCUGCUACAUUAUUGAGUAAACUUCUGAAACAAGUAGCUGAUACAUUAGAAGUUCAUCUUGACAACGUAUACGCUUAUUCAGAUAGUCAAGUGACUUUGGCUUGGAUACAUGGAGAUCCAAUGAAAUGGAAGCCUUUUGUAAAAAAUAGUCUCAGAAAUCACAGAGAUACUCGAUGCUAA